GGAAGGGACGCGCGAAAAAUCACAAGUAUCGAUGUACCUAUGCGGCUCAGUCGACAAACGCACUUGUGUCAGCUAUGUUUUUCGAUUAAGUCAUAAUAGCAGUAAUUUUCAUCAUUAUUGACAUUAAUAGCAUGAAAUUAUGUUAACCGAUCGCAACCCAAAUAACAGUGUUGAACAAAUUUCAUAUCAUUAGAAGUGAACGCGCGUUGUAAACCAGGUAAUACCUCACGACAAAACGCAAUGGGAUACUGGCUCUGACGAAAAAAAAAACAGAUUUAAAAAAGAAGAUCGUCAACUUAAUUCAUCAUGACGGUUAGCUACCAAUCGAAAGUAGCAUCUUCGAGUCACGCGGGAUUCACGAAGUUACUGUUCCUGUGGAGAGGCAGUUUGUACCAAGUCCUCUACAGAGAAUUAAUUAUAUUCAUGAUAGCAUUCGGUACCCUCAGCGCCAUUUAUCGCAAUGUUUUCAACGAACGACAAAAAGAGGAUUUUGAAAGAAUGGUCUCGUACUGCGACGCCUUCAUUACUCAACUGCCACUGUCGUUCAUUUUAGGGUUUUAUGUUACCUACGUGGCGAAAAGAUGGUGGAAACAAUAUUUGGCGAUACCAUGGCCCGACAAAGCAAUGCACAUCAUAUCAUUAUAUAUUGAUGGCAAUGACGAACAAGGGCGGUUGAUACGAAGGUCUCUAAUGAGAUACCUGAUACUAACCCUAAUAAUGGUGUUACGUUCCAUCAGUUCAUCGGUUAAAAAGCGUUUCCCCACCCUGGAUCAUGUCGUUGAAUCGGGUUUCAUGACCGAAGAUGAAAUGGAAAUAUUCCAGUCGCUUCCACACAUAGAGUUCAACACCUAUUGGAUACCUUGUACAUGGUUCACGCAUUUACUGAAAGAAGCGAGAAAAGCUAACAGAAUUGACGACCCACAAGGAAUGAAACUUAUAAUGGAGGAAUUCAAUGAUUUUAGAUCAAAAUGCGGUCUUCUAUGGAGCUAUGAUUGGAUUAGUAUACCAUUGGCCUACACUCAGGUCGUCACAAUAGCAACAUAUUCUUUUUACUUGGCCGCAAUAGUGGGAAGACAAUAUGUGAAAGGGUCCGACAGUCAAUUACAAACCGAAUUAGACGUUUAUGUUCCCGUUUUUACUAUAGUUGAGCUUUUGUUUUUCUUGGGAUUAUUAAAAGUGGCUGAACAACUAAUUAAUCCAUUUGGUGAUGACGAGGAAGAUUUCGAAUUAAAUUGGAUUAUUGAUAGACAUACAAAGGUUGCGUUCUUGGCAGUUGACUUUCUUACUAGACUAACCCCGCCAUUAGUCAAGGACAUUUAUUUUGAUGAAUUUGACUUAACUUUGCCAUAUACUAGUGCAUCUGCUCCUUAUAAAAUAAAAACGCAUAGAGGAUCAGUUCAUGACAUGGCGGUACCUGAAGAUCAGCAGAUGAUGUAUUUACCUGAAAUAAUGGAAGAAGACAAAGACCCAGACCAAUUAAGAAGUCGAGGACCAUCUAUUAGGUCAAAUAAAAGUGAUAGCAAAUUCAAUUUACAAAACGAAAAAACUAAUGAAGCUUUUGAUAUAAUGCAUGUACAGCCAAGACGUCAUUCGAGUAUCAAAGGACUAAACGGAGUUUAUGUAAACAGGGACUCGUUCACCAACCGAUCGAAGAGGACAUUUCGACCAUUAAUCAAACGCAAAAGCUGUGACGCUAACACUGGUUACAAUCAACCCGUGAUACUCAUGUCCGUAACGCGAAGACUAAGUAGCACUAAUUCAGUGAAAUGGAAUUCGUUCAAGUCGAAGACUACAACAAUCGAAGACGGUCGUACGGAUUCCAUCGACCCUUUGUCUUAUACUCUAACGUUACCUACUCCAAAUGACCAACAGCAAAUUAAAAGACAACGACUACCCUCAUCCGUCACAACUACAGUCAUUGAAAAAGCCGUAAAUGUGGAUGUCGCUCGAUUAGAUCCGUCUAAUUCCCAGAUAGGUAAUGAAGGAUAUGAUAAUGCUGCGUUAAAUCGCGACGAACAACUAUGACGCGUCUAAGUCAGUUACACAAAACAUCUAAUAAAAUAAAAAUUGUUUGUAUGUUUAACACAUUUAAUUGAAACUGCUUUAAAUAAUGUACAUAUGUAUGUACUUGUAAAAAAUUGUAAAUAAGUGUUAUAAAUUAUACUUGUUAGUUAACAAUAAUUAUAGCUUAACAUUUAACAACUAGAAAUUUUGAUAUAAUACUUCUUAAAAAUAAGAUACUUUUUUACUUUAUAAGGAAGAAACAUGUUUUGUACGAAUACUUUGAAAUGUGAUUUUGUAAUUUACCUAAGUUGUUAUUAGAUUUACAGUGACAGGUUAAUAAAAUGACAAUUUAAAAUAUAUUUUUACUAUUUAAAAAUAUUAGUUUAAGUUAAAACACUAUUUAUCCUAAAGUCGAUCUAUGGUUUGGUUAAAUUAAGCAUUUUGUGCACUUAAAUUUUAUUAGUGAUAGGAAAUAUCGAAUAGUAACUAUCAAACUAUUCAAUAG